AUGCACUUCAACAACUAUGUCGAUCACCGUGAGAUGCGGCCAUUUGACGAGAUAGUGAUAUACUCUAGAUGGUUGGUUUGCAUGUCACGUCUCACUACUCCUCAUUUGUUUGAGCACAUCAUGUGGAAGUUCGACUACACUCAGACCAUUCCCAGACACACUGUUGUCUCUGCUCCUCCUACUUUGACACGUAGACAGGUGAAUGUCAUGUUUGAUUAUUAUGAGAGUCAUAUGGUAUCGGAGGAGACACGGAGUACCAUAGCUGUGAGCGAUUGGAGCUACAUCGAUAGAUAUAUCAGAUGGUUCUUCAAGGUGUCACAUUCGUACAUGGUGCAUGCUGUUCCACGAGAUCUGCUGAGACCAGCUUGUCAGGAGAUAGUAGAGGAGGAGCAUGAACAAUUAAAUCAUGCUGAGGAUGUCUUGCCUAUAUGUCGUCCAUUGUGGAGAUUGUGCAAGCAAGCAUUAACAGGGGUAUCUUCUCUGAUGGGUCUGAUGUGA